AUGGAUUCGCUCUUUACUCCAGUAACUAUUAAUCACACAACAAUCCAAAAUAGAUUCAUGCGCUCAGCAACAUUUAUGCACGCAUGUGAUUCUAAUGGAUUUCCGAAGCCAGAACUGUUAAAAUAUUAUAAAAACCUCGCUGAUGGAAAGAUGGGAUUAAUCGUUCCAGGAUACUUUCAUGUUCAGAAGGCUGGAAAGGCUGUACCUGGUCAAGGAGGUUUAGCUACUGAUCAGCAAGCAGAAGCAUGGAGAUAUAUAGUUAAAUAUGUCCAUGAUCAAGGAAGCAAGAUGAUGUUUCAGCUCGCAGAUGGCCGUUUUAUCAAAAAAGGUCUCAUCUUCAGAAGAUAUUUAUCUGAAAUGGAAAUUUCCGAAAUUAUUGAUAAUUUCAGACUUGCUGCUAAGCGUGUACAGAACAUAGGAGGCGAUGGAAUUCAAAUUCAUGCAGCUCACGGUUAUCUUAUUUCUCAAUUUUUAUCACCUUAUACAAACAAACGCCAAGAUCGCUAUGGUGGCAGCCCAGAGAAUAGGCGUCGUAUACUCGUUGAGUUAGCCGACGCUAUUCGUAAAGAAUGCGGCAAAGAAUUUUUAAUUGCUGUCAAAUACAACGGAUCUGACUGUCUUGAAGGCGGAUUUACACCAAACGAUGCAGCAGAGACAGCAGCCGCAAUCAAAGAUGUUGAUCUUUGGGAAGUUUCUUGCGGAAUGCUUGAUCCACGUUUAACAAGCAGAUUCAACAGUAAAUGGCUCACAAAGAAAGGCUAUGAGAAGAAGAUUGGAUACAACCUUGAUUAUGUUCCAACAAUUCGCGCAAAAACUGACGCAAAAAUUGCUGUUUGUGGUGGAUUGCGCUCUAAAGGUUCAAUGAUCAAAUCAAUCAAGCAAGGAGCUGAUUUAGUUUCUAUGAGCAGAGCAGCAAUUGCUGAUACUCACGUUGUUAAGCAUUUAAUGGAAGGACAAAACAUCAAAUGCAUUGGCUGCAAUAAGUGCUUUACACAUAUGAUCUUUGGAUCUGUUAAGUGCUAUGUUUAUAAAUAA